AUGCCAACCGAUUUUAUAGACAAACUGACUUUUUUGUCACGUCCAUCAGGUAAAGCUGAAGGUAAACACCAUAUCGUGAUUGUUGGUGCUGGCAUCAUUGGUGUUUGCACUGCUUAUUAUCUGACGAGGCAUCCAAAUUUCAAUCCAUCAACUCAUCACAUAACGAUAUUAGAAUCUAAAAGAGUGGCGGGAGGUGCAUCCGGUAAAGCAGGAGGUCUUUUAGCAUCAUGGGCAUUUCCACAACAAAUCGUGCCGUUAAGUUUCCAGUUACAUCAGGAUCUCAGUGAUGAAUACAAUGGAGAUGAAAAUUGGGAUUAUAGGCGGUUAACAACAGUUUCACUAGAGGCGGACGUUCGUUCGACGGGUAAAAGAUCAAAAGGAGUAGCCCAGAAGAGAAGGCGGAGAAAGCUUAGGGAGGAAUACCACUGUUCGAUUUCUCCGGAAGAAUCUAACAAAAAUUACGAGAAUAAUAAUAAUAAUAAUAGUCAUAAGACAGCUAGUAGUAUUAAUGAAAAUAAUAGUAAAACAGCUAGUAGGACUAGAUCCAAAACGAAAAUCGAUUAUGACGGCGAAGAUCUUGAUGACGAAGAAGAGGACGAUGAAGGUGUAGACACCUCUGGCGAAAACGAGGAGGAGGAUGAUUAUCUGGACGGUGAAGGUCCUGAUGUAGCAUUACCAUCUGAUUUGAAUUGGAUAAAGAAAAGUCUUGUAAGGGACUGGGCAAGUUUAGGUGGUACGGAUUCGACUGCGCAGGUGCAUCCGUUCAAAUUCACACAUUUCCUGCUAUCGAAGGCGAUGGAAACCGGUGCUGUAGAUCUAAUACUGGGCAAAGUUUGUCAUUUGGAUUGUUCAGAUACUGGUGUUUGCACGGGUCUUUCUUAUACACCAACGACUGAUGAUGAUUCGCCCUCGAGUACUGUGGUAGAUAUCAAAGAUGCACAACAGGUGGUUCUAGCAAUGGGGCCCUGGACUUCUAAGAUGCUACUGGAUUGCCCAAUUUCCGGUCUGAGAGCUCAUUCGAUAACUAUAAAACCCAGUACAGGAACGGUUUCCCCAUAUGCGAUUUUUACGGAACUAAAGAUUGGUAGGAAUCAGUAUUUCUCUCCUGAGAUGUAUGCACGUAAGGACGAAGUUUACAUUUGUGGUGAAGGUGAUACUUUGGUGGAAUUACCAGAAACUACAGAUGCGGUGGAAGUGGUGCGUGAAAAAUGUGACGAAUUGUAUCGUUAUGUGGCAAAACUUUCAAACAACCUUUCUGCUGGUCAUGUUCUAAAACGCCAAGCUUGCUAUUUACCGGUAUUGAAUGUGCCAACGAGCAGUGGUCCACUUGUGGGAGAGACAAACGUCGAUGGUCUCUAUGUAGCAAGCGGUCAUUCUUGUUGGGGUAUUAACAACGCGCCUGGUACAGGUAAAGUUAUGGCGGAAUUACUGCUAGAUGGUGAAGCUCAUAGUGCCGAUAUUUCAGCAUUAGAUCCAAGCUUGUACUUUGAUGCAAGCAUCUUAGAUUAA